GGUCCAACAACAACAGCAGCAACAACAUCUACACCUGGUCCAACAACAACAACUGCAGCAACAACUACACCUUCUCCGACAACAUCGACAGCAGCUACAACUACACCUGCUUCAACAACAACAACUUCAUCAACAACAACACCUGCUCCGACAACAACGACAGCAGCAACAACUACACCUGCUCCAACAACGACAACUACAGCAACAACAACACCUGCUCCAACAACAACGACUGCUGCAACAACGACAACAACAACAAAAUCAGCAACAACUACUCCUGCUCCGACAACGACAGCAGCAACAACAACACCUGCUCCUACAACGAGAGCAACAACAACUACACCUGCUCCAACAACAACGACUGCUGCAACAACGACACCUGCUCCAACAACGAGAACUACAGCAACAACAACACCUGCUCCAACAACAACAAGUGUGGCAACAACAACUACACCUACUCCAACAACAACAACUACAGGAACAACACCUGCUCCAACAACAACUAGUGCGCCGACAACAACAAGUGCAGCAACAACUACUUCUGCUCUGACAACGACAACGACAGCAACAACAACUACACCUGCUCCAACAACGACAACUGCUGCAACAACAACACCUGCUCCAACAACAACGACUGCUGCAACAACGACACCUGCUCCAACAACGAGAACUACAGCAACAACAACACCUGCUCCAACAACAACAGCAGCAACAACAACUACACCUGCUCCAACAACAACAACUACAGCAACAACUACACCUGUUCCAACAACGACAAAUGCAGCAACGACAACUAUAGCCACAAUGACACCUGCUCCAACAACAACGACUACAGCAACCACUACACCUGCUCCGACAACAACAACAGCAGCAACAACUACUUCUGCUCUGACAAGGACAACGACAGCAACAACAACUACACCUGCUCCAACAACCAACAACAACACCUGUUCCAACAACCAAGACCGUGGCAACAACAACACCUGCUACAACAACAACGACUGCUGCAACAACUACACCUGCUCCAACAGCGAGAACUGCAGUAACAACAACACCUGCUCCAACAACAACGACUGCUGCAACAACGACACCUGCUCAGACAACGACAACGACAGCAACAACAACACCUGCUCCAACAACCACGACUGCGGCAACAACACCUGGUCCAACAACAACAGCAGCAACAACAUCUACACCUGCUCCAACAACAACAACUGCAGCAACAACUACACCUUCUCCGACAACAUCGACAGCAGCUACAACUACACCUGCUUCAACAACAACAACUUCAUCAACAACAACACCUGCUCCGACAACAACGACAGCAGCAACAACUACACCUGCUCCAACAACGACAACUACAGCAACAACAACACCUGCUCCAACAACAACAACUGCAGUAACAACAACACCUGCUCCAACAACAACGACUGCUGCAACAACGACACCUGCUCAGACAACGACAACGACAGCAACAACAACACCUGCUCCAACAACCACGACUGCGGCAACAACAACACCUGCGACAACUAUAGCAACAACGACACCUGUUCCAACAACUACAACUACAGCAACAACAACACCUGCUCCAAGAACUACACCUGCUCAGACAACGACAACGACAGCAACAACAACACCUGCUCCAACAACCACGACUGCGCAGCAACCACUACACCUGCUCCAACAACAGCAUCAACAACUACACCUGUUCCAACAACAACAACUACAGCAACAACUACACUUGCACCGACAACAACGACAGCAGCAACAACUACACCUGCUCCGACAACGACAGCAGCAAAAACUACACCUGCUCAAACAACGACAACUGCGGCAACAACGACACCUGCUCCAACAACAACGACAGCAGCAACAACUACUUCUGCUCUGACAACGACAACUGCAGUUGCUCCUGCACCUUUGUAUGCUAUCUCAAUAAACUUGCAAGCAGAACCUUUUUCAGCUGACCUUCUUGACACCACCAACAUUCGAUUCAAAAAUCUUAAAAAACGAGUUGAAGACACGUGCAAUAUCAUAUACAAACGAAAAUUUGGUGAUCAGUUUGACCGGUGCAUUUUGAAACAGUUCAGGCCUAUUCCACCUCCAUCUCGAGUGGAUGGAACUCAAGUAGAUCUGGAUCUUUUGUUUACUCGGACAACUCCCACUGCAAAUCUCCCACUGAAUAGCGUUGUUGCUCAAACCUUAGUAGAAGCUGUGAAUAAUUCUACCAAUAACUUCAGUGUGAGCAUAAAUCCCAACACAGUCCAAAUACUAGCAGGUCCAGUUCCAGAUGCAUCUACAACUGCUGCACCUACAACUGCUGCACCUGCAACUGCUGCACCUGCAACUGCUGCACCUACAACUGCUGCACCUACAACUGCCGCACCUACAACUGUAGCAUUCAUAACAACAAGGGUGACUUUCAGAUCUCUUCAAAGCACUUUUAUAAGUGACUUGCUGAAUCCAUCAUCUGCAGCUUUUAGAAAUCGAGCUUCAGUGAUAAAGACACAGCUUGAACCUAUUUUCCAAAGGGCAUUCCCUUCCUCAUUCAAGUCCUUGGACGUGGUGUCAUUCAGAAAAGGAUCAGUCAUCAACGAAAUGAACCUUCGCUUUGCAAGCACAAACGUUCCUAAUAUCACACCUAUUUUGAUCAGUGCAGCUUCAAACGUCACUGGCUUCGACAUUGACAGCAGCUCCAUCAACGUGAAUGGCUUAUCUUCAAGUGGAGUAAGCCACAAAAUCAGUCUCCUCACUGCAUCCUGCCUGGUACUGUUGUCAUGGCUACUGUCAAGCCAACAAUAGCAUCAAGUGCUGAUUUCCAUUUGAAUUGCUAUCAGAACAUGACUGCCAUCACUGGUAUGAAAAAGGACUUGGGAUCCCGGCCGGGCAGCAUGACACAGCCAACUUUAAGCACCUGGUCCAUUUAAUCAUCACUAGAAUAAUAAGCCAAACAAUAUAACAGCACUUUGUAUUAAGCCCUGGGAUGUCAGAAAAUAAUUGCACUAUUUUACUAUUAAUGUAAAAUGUAUAAAUGCAUCUUGCUUCUCUGAGCACUGUGCUACAGCAAUAUUUAACUUAGUGUCAAUUUCUAAUGCUGUCUUCUUUAGUCUUGUUCACCAAACAAGACUCUUACUAUUGUCUGAAUGCAGUUUAUAUUUAAACAUGCAGAUUGAGAAAUCUGAAUGCUAGAUUUCAAACUGGACUGUUUGUAAAGUUAGUCUUCAUCAAGAUGGGUCAAGAUAGGCCUAAGCAAAUAUUAUUUACUUAUUUAAACAUUUCUGUAGUUUCCAAAUGCAUGUAAAAUUCAUGUUUAGGUUUCACUUGCUAACAUAGCAGCUUCACAGCUCCACAGAGAGCAUAUUAGAAAGGGAACAAGUGUUAAAUUAAAUGAAGGAACACAUGCAGCUCAUAGUGGGCUGCGCACCUCAACCUUGAACCAAUGCAAAAUUUUAUCAAAGGUCAUGGUAUACAUUAUAUAUAUGUCAAAACAAUGCACUGUCCAUUUUCUUAUUUAUACAAAGUGUAUUUAUGUAAUUAUGCAUAGCUGUAUUCUGUGAGACUUCUUGUAGUUUGUACAAUGUCUGUCAGAAACUUUACAAUGAUCAGAAUACAAAAUCUUUUUAUAUUUAAUCUUUAAACUGUCUCUUGUGUGAUGUUGUGUAUGUUUAAUGUCAGAAUUAAAUCUCUGAUGAUGUUUACAGACAAUAAAACCCUGCCUAUAAUUCAA